AUGGUUCAUUCACUUCAAAUCCAAUUCCUUUGCAAUCAUGAGGGUGAUAAGAGAUCAGAGGCCUCCGCUUCUGCCGAGCCUUCCAUUUCCACUGAGUUCUGUGCUUCCACCGAGCUCUCCAAUCCUCACGCUGCUGCACCCUCCAAUCCUCACGCUGCCGAACCCUCCCUACCAACCCGUACAACUACUAGCUUGAGAAUUGAGAUCUCUAAUAGCAUCCACUCAAAAGUUAGAGGUUUGCGCUCCGUUGUAUUUUGGCCGUUCAGUAGAAUUAGGAAAAAGUUACGAAUUCCUCUCACUACCGCCUACACAAUUUGUCAACAACCUUCAACUCCGAUUAGAAUAAGAAUGGGACGACCCCGUGUUCUUACAACCCCUGUUCGUGAACGAUUAAUUACACAUGCAACAUUAUCACAAGAGUAUCAACGGAAACCUUUGUCCCAAAUUGCCUCAGAAACGGGUAUUAUUGUUAAUGAAAGAACCAUUCGUCAAGCUUUUGCAGAUCAUGGUUAUCAGUGUCGGGUAGCACGGGUGAAGCCUUUUCUCUCCGUUAAAGCCAAAGUCAAGCGAUUAGAGUGGGCGCAGUCAGUAACGGAUUGGGUUGCUGAGGAAUAUAGUAAAGUAAUUUGGACUGAUGAGAGUGCGUUCAACGUCGGAGGUUUUGCUGGCAAUAUAUGGGUAACAAGGCUACCCCAAGAAGAGUAUUUAGAGGCAUGUCUUCUUCCUAAAUUCCGAAAAUUGGAGACUGUUAUGGUUUGGGGAUGUAUCUACCGCAAUAUGAAGGGGCCUCUUGUUUUUGGGGAUAAGAAAGAGUGGGACGCCACCAUCAACGGUCCAAACUACUGCGAAUACAUUGUCCAUCCUCAUCUGUAUACUUUUUGGCAAGAGCGCUCUCGAAGUGUUCUUGACUAUGUCUAUCUAAUGCAAGAUGGCGCUCCCCCUCAUACAGCCAAAUUUACAGCGGCAGUACUCCAGGAAUUAGGGAUUCUAGACUAUUUUUUUGCAUGGCCUGAUAGGUCACCAGACUGCAACCCCAUUGAGAAUGUUUGGAGAAUUAUGAAGGACAGAAUUGGUCGCCGAGUACCUCGUUCCACAACUAACUCUUCUCUUCGUAUUGCAAUCCAAGAGGAAUGGGAUAUGAUAACUAGUGAGGAGAUCGUCUCACUUGUAGACUCCAUGCCUGAGCGGGUUGCCGCUGUUAUCAGCGCAAAUGGUGGCCAUACUCGGUACUAA